GCGAGAACGAGAGAGAGAGAGAGAGAGAGAGAGAGAGAGAGGAAGGAGCUGACAGUCGCUGCAUUUACAGUUUGCAGGGCGUAGAUGUGUGCAGCACUAAAGCAGCCUCCUGCUGAAAGCAGACUCCCCCUGCCUGUGUCUCUCCCCCUCUCCCCCUCCUGCUCUCCCUCGGAUGGCUGGUUGAUUUUCAAUCGCAUGGAUUAGUUCUCUCUCUCUCUCUCUCUCUCUCGCUCUCUCUCGAUCUCUCUCUCUCUCACACACACAGAAGAAAGUUACCAAACAUCAGCAGAGACCUUGAUGAUGUCACAGGAGAGAGAGCACGCAAGUGCGGAGAAUACUGCCAGAACCUUAGUAUGAGAGGGACAGGAGAAACGACUCCAUAUUGGGUUCAGUGGCAGUGAGUGCCCUCUGCAGCAGACAGGAUGCAGGCUCCCUCCACACGCUGCCUCUCCUCCUGGGCUCGUUCUGGUCCCUGAGUGUCCCGCCGAUGCGAUAGGAUUCGGGGAGCAGAGCUGAGGACCCUUCAGUGUCCGGACGCCACGCAAGCAGGGCGACUAAAACUGAACACAAUACUCCAAGUGCGGCCUCACCAGCGUCCUGUACAACCACACCAUGACCUUCCAACUCCUGUACUCAGUGCCCUGACCGAUGAAGGCCAGCGUGCCGAACGCCUUCUUCACCGCCCUGUCUACCUGUGACGCUACUGACAGUGAACAAUCGCCCACUGUUCAGAGACAAAGAUGGCUUCCAGCUUCGAGGUGACAGACCGAGCUCACUGCAGGAUGCUCCUUCACAGGCUGAAUGAGCAGUGGCUCCAGGGCAGCUUCUGCGACGUCACCAUCGUGGUGGAGGAGAGCAAGUUCAAGGCCCACAGGAACGUGCUGGCCGCCUUCAGCUUGUACUUCAAGGAGCUGCUGUCGGGCCGCGCCCCCUGCCCCCUGCAGCCAGUGCUGGAACUGAGGGAGGUGAAGGCCCAGGUCUUCGCCAAGAUCCUGGGCUUCAUGUAUAGCUCGCGGCUGGUGGUGGAGCGGCUGGAGGAGGCCCGUGAGCUGGCAGCAGCCGGCACUCGGCUGGGGAUCCCUUUCCUGGAGGAGCUGGCCCCCCGGACGUCCGCUGGACAGCGGCCUGACUACCCCCAGCAGCCUCCCCCGGGCCCAAAGGACCCGCCCCACCGAGGGGCAGAAGGGACCCACCCCUCCCGAGUGUGGCACACGGACCGGCCCUUCCCCUCCUUCCCUGUCGAUCUGACGUCUUCGGGCAGCAGGCAGGAAGGCCCCUCGGAUGGGACCGUGCCCCACUCGUCCCCCGGCCCCCCCGGCGAGGAGGAGGAGGAGGGCGGGCAGCAGGGGGAAGGGGAGAGGUCGAUGGAGGACAACCAGAGGCUCUACACUCUCAGCACCGUGGCCUUCCGAGGGCUGGGCUUCAGCGUGGAGGAGGAGGCCGGGCCUGGAGGAGGCCGGAGCGGGCCCCAGGAGGAUGGAGCCGAGGAGGAGGCCGAGCAGGGGGAGGCAGAGGGGUCUGCGGGAACCCAGACCCCUGCCCCCUGCUCCCCCCAGCUCGCCCCGCCCAGCGCCCUCCCCUCUGGCCGGAUCCCGGCUCUCAACCUGCGGCUCCACCGGACCCUGAGCUGCCCGCACUGCCACAAGGCCUUCGUGCACGUCAAGCGGCUGCAGACCCACCGGCAGCUGUGCCGCCGGGCCGGACGCCCACCCGCCGCUGAGCCCCAGGGGCAGGGCCAGGGGCAGGCCCAGCCGCCCUCGGGGGAGCCGGGGCCCGCCAAGGCCCGCCGGGCCCCGCGGCACGAGCCUGCGCCCGAGGAGGAGCACUUCAUGAAGGUGGUGGACGGGCACCUGCUCUACUUCUGCGCUGUGUGCCAGCGCUCCUACAUGACCCUGUCCAGCCUCAAGCGCCAUGCCAACGUGCACUCAUGGCGCCGCAAGUACCCGUGCCGCUACUGCGACAAGGUCUUCGCCCUGGCUGAGUACCGAACCAAGCACGAGGUGUGGCACACCGGGGAGCGCCGCUACCAGUGCAUCUUCUGCUGGGACACCUUCGUCACCUACUACAACCUGAAGACCCACCAGAAGUCCUUCCACGGCGUUGACCCGGGACUCACCAUCAGCCAGAAGACGCCCAACGGCGGCUACAAGCCCAAGCUCAACGCCUUCAAGCUCUACCGUCUGCUGCCCAUGAGGUCCCAGAAGAGGCCCUACAAGACCUACAGUCACUCGGGCGCGGGGGCCCUGGAGGGCCCGGGCCCGGUCAGCCCGUUGCCGGGGCCGACCCGGGCCUGCCCGUCCCCAGGGGAGGAGGGUGACCCGGCCUCCCGCAGCCCGCUCCCCGAGCCGGGGCCUGACCCACUGGGCCUGAGGCCGGCCGGGGCUCCCGGGACUCUCUCCUCAGUCAUCACGUACGGGCGGGCGGCCAAGUCGUCGGUCAUCGUCCACAGCAAGGCCCUGGUCCCCGCCAUCCCGUCCUCGGUCAUCGCCUACAACGGCCGCUGCCCUCGGCAGGACGGGCAUGAGGACUCAGCCUUGGCCCCGCCGCCCCCGCCGCCCCCGGCCCCGGGCACCCCGGACACCACCGACCAAAGACCGCCACUGCCCAGGGCCCCGAAGCCAAAGAGGCAGGCGGCUCCGGGCCGGCCCAAGACCCUGACGUACGUGGCCAAGCCCGCCUGCCCCGCGUCCGCGGCCUCGGGCAGCAGGCCAGGGCCGCUCUGCCAGAUCACCGUCCGCAUCGGGGAGGAGGCCAUCGUCAAGCGGAGGAUCUCCGAGUCCGACCUGAUCCGGGACAAGGCGGGCCCGACUCUAGACCCUGGUCCGGGCCCGGCCAAAGGCCGACGUCCCGAGGUCCUCUCGCCCGGUCUGGGGGCCAAGAAGGCGCGGGCGGCGGAGGAAGCCGAGCCGUGCUGCCGGCGGAAGGCUGACGACUUCCUGGGAGCCGAGUCGGCCGACGAGGUGAGCGACCAGGAUGCGGACGACAACCUCUGGCGGCCCUACUACUCCUACAAGCCCAAGCGCCGGGGCGCCGGCUUCCAGCGGGCCAAGAGGGCGGGCUGGAGGAGGAAACUGAGCCUCAGGCCUCCUGCAGCCCGCUGGCUCCACCGAGCCGCCAAGGGUCCCGGGCCCGGGCCGGAAGAGGCCGAGGACCCGAGUCUAUCCCCCCGGGAGCAGGGUCCCGAGGUUGGGCCGCGGGCAGGGAGUGGCCUGUGCGCCCAUGGGCCCGAGGGUGAGAGGCCCCCAGGUUGCUCAGCCUGCGGGGGCCCAGAGAGUGCUGGGGAGCCGGGCCCAGCCUGCGACAAGGCUGGAAGCCCACCCCCGCCGGGUACGGGCAGGAAGGCCCCUGCCUGGCACGCCUGUGCCCACUGCCCCAAGGCCUGCAGGACGGCAGCAGCCCUGGGACGGCAUCAGAGGCGCCACCUGAUGGGGGACAGGCCGGGCCUGGAGCAGGGGGCCGGGGUGGAGGGGGAGGAGGAUGUCGAGGUGCCUGGGCCCCAGCCAGAGGAGGGCCCUGAGGAGGGGGCCUGCGUCUACCCCGGGCCCCAAGGGGGUGAGGAGGAGGAGGAGGAGGGCGAGGGAAGGCCGGGGUGGGAACCGUAUGGCGACCAGCAGGCCCCGGGGGGAGGACGGCCCCCCAGCCCCAUUCCCCGGGACACCCGCCUCACUCCCAGCCCUGUCCCUCAGGACCUCCCCAGCCCGCCCCUCCGGCUGCCGGCUCCUCCGGGGGGCCAGCCCUGUCCUGCCGUCGCUCCAGAGACAAGGACGGCCUAUGCCAGCGCGCCGGAGCCCUGCCGGGCCCUCUCCGAUCCCGGCCUGCCUGCCAGUGGACAGGAGCCCCUCGUCCCCCCCGCCCCCACCCCCGCCACCCGCGCCCAGGAGACGGAGCCGCCGGCAGAUGGUGGGGGGGGCUUUGGCCUACCGGAGGUGGCCCAGGAGGAGGAGGACGCCUUCGAGGGCCGUGGGCCCCGCCCGGACCCCGACUACCCGGUGCAGGAGUUCCCCCUGCCCCUGGUGACCGCUGGCAGCUGCCGCUCCCACCCCGAGCUCCAAGCCAAGGGCCUGGCCUUCCACCCCGGCGCCCUGCGCUUCAAGGAAGGGGAAGAGGAUCUGGGCAAGGUGGCCUUCUACCAGGAGCCCUACCAGCUGGUGUAUGGCCACCCGCUGCUGGCUGGCGCCUACCCCUAUAGCCUGGGCCCCGUCUCACCCCUGCCCGUCGCCCUCAACAUGGUCAUCCAGGACAAGGGGCAGCCGCUGCCCCUCCUGCACCGCAUGUUCGUCUACCCCACCCCCUGCCGGGAUGAGGCCCACCCUCUGCCCCCACCUCCCCCUCUCCCGCUGGGGGCCGGGGGCACGGGGGGCCGAGACGAGGCUGGCCGGGAGGUGCUGGCCGGGGACAAGGCUGGCCGGAUGUACUGAGGGCCGCUCAGACCCCUCCCCACCAACCCCCCCCUCCCCCAUCUCCCCCCUCCCACCUCCACCUCCCGAGUUGUGGUCGGGGGCACAGCGAACUACAACGUUCUAGGUAUUGCACUGUGUCGGGGCAGGGUGUGGGGAGCACAAGGGGGGUGGGGUGGGAGUUGACCAGUGUCCUGGGCAAGGGCGGUGAAAGCAACAAGGCCAAGUUGACCGAGGUUACGGGGUCAUUGACUGAGGUUAUGGGUCAUUGGCCGAGGUUAUGGGGUCAUUGGGUGAAUUAUGGGUCAUUGGCCAAGGUUAUGGGUCAUUGGCUGAGGUUAUGGGGUCAUUGGCCAAAGUUAAGGGUCAAUGGCAGAGGUUACGGGAUCAUUGGCUGAGGUUAUGGAGUCGAUGGCCGAGGUUAUGGGGCACAUCGGCCAAGGUGAUGCUCAUCGGCUAAGCUCAAGGUCUUUGGGCAGUCCAGUUCCUCCUCCUUGUCCGUUGCCAUGCCCAUGGUCACUGCCACGGAGAUAAGGUUGUGUCCCCCCCUCCCCAACCCCAUCCUGGCCUGGGGCAAUCUCACUUUCUGCACUUUGACGACCGUUUUACUUUGCUCCGGUCUGAAUCAACCAUCGAGUUUUAUAGCCCUCCUCCCCCAGCGAGACGCCGCCUCCACCGCAGACUUGGUGUGGGAGGGGGCACCACGGACUCCAGUGGCCGAUCGGCUCUUGGCUCCAGUCCUGACCGUGGGUGCAUUGGAUCCCCCUCCUCCAAAUACCGCCACCAGCCCCCCGCCCAAUCCCACCCCACACGUCUGAUCCCACCAGCCGUGGCCCAGAGUGGCCCAUCCCUGCUGUCCUACAAUGGGCAGGCCAACCAACCAUCACAAUGGUCCCUCAUACCAGGAUGUCUCCCUACGGGAGAGGGAGUGACAGUCGCCCGUGGCGAUUGAUGUUGACAUAGGAUUGGGCCUCAGCACCAUCUCACUGAACGUUCCACAGCAAGGCAGCCAAUUGGGCCCCGUGUCCGUCAGAUUCGUGCUGAGCUUCCCCGGGGACCAGUCUCUUAAACUGCAAGCAAGCACAACCGUAUAAAGAUGAAGUGGGCAGUCGACGUUUCAGGUCAAGGACAGAUGAAGGGUCUCAGUCUGAAACAUUGACUGUCCCUUUUCCCUCCCCAGACGCUGCCCAACCUGCUGGCUUCUCCAGCAGUGUGUGCUCCAGAUUCUAGCAGCUGCUGCCCCUGGUGUCUCCUGGUGAACAUGAGUCUGUGGCUCAAGCCCGGAGACGUUCCGUCAAAGUCCACGGCACGGCAUCUUCCCACCGUCGGUGUUUCUUCCUCCUGGCCCCAUUCCAUGCUGCCUUCUCCCCCAACAUUCACCCCCCCCUUCCGUGUCCCGAGGCAGAUAUUUCACCCUCACUGUGUGAAAACCCCAACAGGUUACCUGGCCAUCGUUACUUUGUGCCUUUGGGAGCUUGCUGUGCCCAGAAUUGGCUCCUGCUUCACCGGAGCUGAGUCAUGGUCAUCUCCAGACGAGGUGGGUCAGUCUCUGGGCCGGGACGGAGGUGGACUCCACGUUCCCAAGGGUGGAGAGCCCCAGGGAGAGUGUCCUCCCUUCCCCUUUUCAGUUGCCAGACUGGCUGAGGGGUGAGAGGUUGGCUUCUCCCCAAAUGCGGACCCCUCUCUACCCAGCCCUGAGCCCCAAAGGACCAACACCAUUGGCACCGUGUCCCAGAGGGUCCUCCUGCCCAUGUUCACCAGCCCCGUCUCCAAGGCUGGAGGUGCCACUGUUUGAGUUCCCAAUCUCUGCUCCUCCACGUACCACACCCCGAGUCGUGGCCCCCUCCCUCUGAUCUGCGGACACUCUUGUCCCUGCCUCCACCGCCUCUGGGCUUGAUGAUUCCUCAAUGAGGAGGCUAUUUGGCCCUCCAGCCUGGUUCACGAUUACGAUCAUGGCUGAUCAGAUUUUGGCCUUGCCUACCCCCUACAGACCACAGAUCAUGCCCGCCUCAGCCCUCCCCCUCACCGGGCUCCACAUCGCUCCGAGGUCCCUGAGUUCCUCCAGUUCCGGCCUCUUGACCAACAUUCCUGAUUCCCAUUUGAGCUGUGCCUUCAGCUGCCUGGGCCCCGAGCCCCGGAAUCCUCUCCCUAAACUUCAUGUCCCUCCACGGAUCUCAAAACCAAAACUGGCCGGAGACACUCAGUAGGUCAGGCAGCGGCUGCAGAGAGAGAAACGGUUAAUCUUCCAGAUGGAAAGACCCUCCUGAACAUUUGCAACGUUUUCCGUUUAUAUUCCAUAAUUCCUGCAUCUGCGUCCUUUGAUUUUCCAAACCUCUCUCCGUGUAGCCUCUUCCAGGCAGCCAGCCCAGCCCUCUCCUUGUCCGGAUUGGCUGUAUCGGAGAAGGAUUCCCGUAGAGUGCCUUGAGACGUUUAUGCAGGGAAGUUGUCGGAUAGCAGAGACGGGAGGGACAGUUGGGAUGGGAGGAGGUGGUCGCAGAGCGUCGGGGAAAGGUUGGUGUGCGACAGGGACCCAGGUAAAUUGGUGUUGAGGAAUAUUCGAGGGCCCAGAGCAGGAAACAAUCCAAGUGAUUCCAAAGCCCAGUGUUUGUGUUGGAUUGGAAGGACAUUGUCCCUGGGUUGUCACGGUAUGGAUCUAACGAGUUGUCUGAGUUCUGUGCCCCUCCCACUCACAUUCCAUGUCCCUCCACCUCCCUCCUCCCAUCCCCAGCCUGUGGGUGGGUUAGGACCAUCCCACCCCUUCCCCUUGAAGCAGGGCAGCGCACGGUGCAGUCCCUCUGCCGAGUUAUGACGGGUCUGGGUGUGAGGGAACGAAGCUGGUGGUUGUGUUUACCACACAGAGCAGCAGCUGUGGAGGGAGUCGGGGGUAAAACCACCCUCAACCCUGAGCCUUGGUCUGAGGGUGUUGGUUGUGGGGUGGGGGUGGGGAUCCGUUAGGGUGGGGUCAAUGAGUGGAGAGAGUUCGAUUGCAACAGCCAGGAUAUCCCUGGGAGGUAGGGAUCGAGGGGAGAGCUGGUGAGGAAACCAAAGACAAUUGGGGAUUAUCUCUCGCUGUUUGUCCCCCUGUGCUGAUGUCCCCUCCCUAUUUCCGCCCCCACCGUCCCCUCCUACACCCCCCUGUCCUUUGGAAGUCAGCACUAGACUUGUGAGCAUUUGUCUCCCAAUAGCUUCGGAUCUGUGAAGAGAGGCCAUUGGGCCCGUUGUAUUCAUGCUGGCUGCCCUUGCCCAGUGUGACUCCAGACCCAGCGGUGCAGUUGGCUGAAACAGCUCACUCCCUGGCCUGACCAGUGCUGUCCCUGUCCUGGGGUGGAUACUGUGCCAUUACCUCACCUCCCCGAAUAACCCUCACCCCACAACCCUCCAACCCACCUCAGUACCCUCCAUCAUCCCCUGAUUUGCAUCACAGUGUGCCUGGGUCCUGAGCUCUGGAACCCCUCCCCAAACCCCUGUACCCCCUCCACCUCCCUUGUAACCCUCAACCAAAGUUUGGACCAGGUCCUGCAGUCCCCUUGGGGGCUGAAACCCCUGUCAAGCACUUUGAGGCGCUUUGCUUCAUCAAAGGUGCUAUAGAAAUGCAGCUGUUAUUUCUUCACAGACAGCAUGGCCUAUUUACUGAGCAGUGGUGGGACUGGCACUUCCUGGCAGCUGGCUCCUGAGGUGACGGUUCAACGAUCUGCAGGUUGGCGAACACUGGUUCACUGCCCGAUGUUCCCUCAGUUCGUGUCUGUGGAGGGAAGGAGGGAGGGAGGGAGGAUAGGGGAGGGGAGGGGGAGGGGAGCAGAGCUGGCGGGCGGCGAGGUUAACACUCCCCGUGUGAGCGAUGCCACAGUGGUCCAGCUGGGGUUGUUACCGGCCCUGGGAACGGAGAGGGGUUUUAUAAACAAACCUGGGAGCUCCUCCUGUCUGUCAGUCAGAUUCUAGCUGUUGCUAUAGCACCCCUCCCUGUCUCAGUAACCCCCUCCGGCCCCUACACCCCUCCCAGUUCCUGUAACACCCUCCCACCCCUACAACCAUCCGGUCCCUGUAACCCCUGCAGCCCCUACACCCCUCCGUGUCUCUGUAAACCCCUCCGGCUCCUAAACCCCUCCCGGUCCCUAUAACCCCCUCCCACCCCUACAACCAUCUGGUCCUUGUAACCCCCUCUGGCCCUGCACCCCUCCCCGUCUCUGUAACCCCCUUCGGCCCUGCACCCCUCCCCAUCUCUGUGACCCCCUCCGGCCCUUCACCCCUCCCCAUCUCUGUGACCCCCUCCGGCCCUGCACCCCUCCCCAUCUCUGUGACCCCCUCAGGCCCCCACACCCCUCCCCAUCUCUGUGACCCCCUCCGGCCCCCACACCCCUCCCCAUCUCUGUGACCCCCUCCGGCCCUGCACCCCUC